AUGCCAAACGUGGCUCGUGUCACGUAUAAAACAACGAAAGAAGCAAGGGAACAUGGAGGGAAGACGGGAACCCAAUGCCAAUUGUCACGCACGAAAAACACAGUUAACCCCCCCCCUACGCCAAGUAGAUGGAGGGCAGGAGUGGUUGUGAACUUGUUCAAGAAAGGAGACAAGACUGACCCAGGAAACUACAGGGGGAUCACACUGUUCAACACAGUAGGAAAAGUGUUCUGUAAGCUGCUGAACGAUAGGAUACUGGGAGUAUUGGAGAAGGAACAUAGCAAAAGUGAGGGCCAGGCAGGUUUCCGAAAGAAGAGGGGGUGCGUAGACCACGUAUUCACGGUAGGGAGAAUCAUCAAAGGUAGAAAGAGGGCGGGAAAGCCGACGUACUGCUUCUUCCUGGACGUGAAAAAGGCAUACGACACCAUAUGGAGAAAUGGGCUGUGGAAGGACACCCCUGAGGGACUGCAACUGCAAAUUGACGCGGCGAAGAAGUUUACUGAUAGGUGGAGAUUGUCUGCCAACGUUAAGAAGAGUGCCGUCAUGGUAUGCAACGAGAACAAGGAGGAACCAGUAGAACAUAGAUGGAAGUGGGGGAUCGAGGAGAUUGCAGUAGCGGAAAAGGGCAAAGCACGAGCAGGGAAGCUGCAUCCAAUACUCGCAAACCGGCACCUCGAUACACGCAUCAAAUUGACGGUUUUGAAGAGCGUAAUCGUACCGCCGCUAGAGUACGCCGGAGACGUAUGGAAAAGAAAUAAGAAGGUAGUGAAAGAACUCGAGGCGGCGCAGAUGAAAGCAGCGAAAACCAUCCUAGGAUGCUCCAGGCGCACAAGUAACGCAGCCGUCAGGGCAGAAUUGGGGAUCCAAUCCCUACGGUCGGGAAGAGACGCGAGGAAGCUGACCUGGCAGUAUCGCAUGUGCGGGAUGGGAGAGGAGAGGUUGCCGAGAAUUGUAUGGGAGGCGAAGUGGGCAAACAAAAAGAGGGGUAGACAACCCACGGAAUGGGUCAAGGUUGUAGAGGACGUAUGGAAGGGGCUCGACAUCGACGAAGAUGAAACGCUGGAAACGGAGGGUCUACAGGGGUUCAACGAGAAGAUAUCUGUUGCAUGUGCCGAAGAACAGAAUCUAAGGAAAGGAUCCAAGGACAAGGAGGGCCUAGAAGUGUACGAAAUGUUGAAGAAAGGAAUAGGGUUCAAGGACUACCUAUAUGGACCAAUGGAUGCAGAGACAAAGCCCAAGGUCAAAUUCAGGACCACGGACAUAGGCCUUCGAGAACGUCGACGAAGACAUAGGACAGUAGACGACGAAGACGACGAGUUCAAAGGUGAUCGCGACUUCGAAUGCGAAGACCGUGUUCAUGUAGUCGCGGAAUGUCCGUUGUACAAGAAGGAGAGGGAAGUGUACGUGACUGAGCUGGGAAAUACAGAUGGGACGUACAGGGAGAUGUUUGAGGCAUGGAAUAGAGAGGAAAGGACGGUAGCUGUACUGGGGUAUAGGAGGUGGGUUGGAAAGGCGGGAAGGGAUAUCGUUAGGAUAGACAGACUAGGGAAGACACUGUGA